CGCGGAAGUGUCAUGGCGGCGUGCAUCACCGUCAUCACCAUGAUAUUCAUGCUGUGACAAAAAAACAAUGUGUGUUGACGCUCAAGUUUUGAAUUAAUCUCUCGUCAGGGACCACCGAAGAAUAAUAACACUCAGAUGGCAGACUCGGGUGACUCCAGCGGUCAACGCGUGCCAACCCCUGGAGGCAGCGCUAAUGCAGGACCCCCGCUGGUGGGCCGCCGACCGUCGGCAGGCAUCGGUCCGGGUCGUCUACCUUCAAUGCGGUCGAGAGACCUCACCCUGGGAGGGGUGAAAAAGAAAACAUUUACACCCAACAUUAUCGGCCGAAAAGUUAAGGAAGAAAUAAAAGUUGAAGGCGGGCCGAGGAGAGACAGGAAAGAUGGAGAGCGAGGCCGGGGUCCGAGGGAAAGGGGCCGGGGCCGGGGCCGCCCGGAGGUCAUCCAGUCCCACUCUAUUUUUGAGCAGGGUCCGGCGGAGAUGAUGAUGAAGAAGAGAGCUGGCUAUGAGAGCGAGAGAGAUGCUCCGAGCGUGGGACCUUCACCCAUCAUCAAUAUUAAAAAAGAGAAGAGAGAGACUGAGGAGGAGACCAAAGAGAUUUUGCGCAAGCUGGAGCGCGACAAUUUCAUAGACGACCCCUUCCUGAAGAGUGAGCACAGGAGCUGCCCCGUCCAGCUUCCUCUCGCUGUGUCGGGUUGGGGAUUCAAGGAGGAGUUCAGUGCUGCUCCUGUUAAACCUGAGAAGGUAGAGGAGGACUGUGAACUCAUGGAGUCUGGAGUUGAAGUGAAACAAGAACCGGAGGAAACGGAAAUAAAGAAGACGGAGGCGAGUUUCCGACCCCCGCCUCUCCCGGAGCCCGAGGUCCUUCAUGACCUUCUGCAUAGAUGGAGUCUGAGCAAAGGGGAGGAGCUGUUCUUCAUCCAGCUUCCUGACUCGCUGCCCGGCCAGCCGCCCACGACAGAGCACAGGCCGGUGAAAACAGAGGUGCAGUCAGAGGAUGGACAGUCUGUGCUCCUGAAGACGGACAAUCAGGAAGAGGAGGCUGAAGACAACAGCUGCAAUCUGAAAGAUCUGCGUGAGGGUCCUCUGGGAAAGAUGCUUGUGCGGAAGUCUGGCCGGAUACAGCUCAUCCUCGGACAAGUGACCCUUGAUGUGUCUCUAGGAACAUCAUGCUCUUUCCUACAGGAGCUGGUCUCUGUUAACACCGAGGGAAGGACGGGCAACCUGACUGUAUUAGGGAAUGUCAAACACAAAAUGGUUUGCUCCCCUGACUUUGAGGCUUUGCUGGAGAGCAGUUCUUGAUGCUUGAUGUUUGAGACUGAGCAUCCUUAAACUGAGUGAUGGUGGUGGUCCUGAAGAGAUGUUGACUGUUGCCACGGCGUGCCCCUUUGGAGCCUGACCUCCAGUAGAAGUCUAUCGAGUUGUGUUUUCAGUUUAGCUAUAAAAUACUUGUAAAUCAAAGUACACUAUAUACAAACGAGACAUACGCACGGUUUUGUUUGUUCUUCAGGAAUGGGCCUUCGGAUAAGCAUUUCACAGCUGGAACGGUGUGCCAAGUUUCACUUCUAUUUUUGCUUCUCAUUAUCUGAAAGUACUUGACAAGGCUGUACAUGAAUGUAAAUGUGUGAAUAAAAAAAAAAGAGUUUUGUUAAUCCUGCACAUUAAAUCUGUUGGGUUUGUUCCACCGAUAUAACACAAAUAAACACAUUGGUGGUUUUCAUGUGCCAUGCAGAUCAAA